AGCUUCUCACAGCAUCAAGGACCAGGGAGCUUGCACAACCAAAAUGGCGAUCAGGGAUGUUGCGAUCAGAGUCUUCUUCCUCUUGUUGGUGGUGAGCGUGGCGUACGCCAAAGACAAGGAGGAGAAGAAGGAUGAGAAGAAGGAUGAGAAGACGGAGGGCGCAGCGUCCGAGGCUGACGGGACCUACGACAUCACCAAGCUCGGCGCCAAAGACGAUGGCAAGACAGACUGCACCAAGGAGGUGGAGGAGGCAUGGGCUUCGGCAUGCGGUGGCACCGGGAAACAGACGAUCGUCAUCCCAAAGGGGGAUUUCCUGACUGGACCUCUGAAUUUCACCGGACCAUGUAAGGGGGACAGCGUGACCAUCAAGCUAGAGGGCAACCUUCUGGCCUCCAACGACCUGGCCAAGUACAAGUCUAACUGGAUCGAGAUCAUGCGCGUCAAGAACCUCGCCAUCACUGGCAAAGGCACGCUCGACGGCCAGGGCAAGGCCGUCUGGACCAAGAACAGCUGCGCCAAGAGCUACGACUGCAAGAUCCUGCCCAACUCAUUGGUGCUGGACUUCUGCGACGACGCGCUCAUCGAAGGCAUCACCAUCCUCAACUCCAAGUUCUUCCACCUCAACAUCUACGAGUGCAAGGGCGUGACUGUCAAGGACGUGAUCGUCAGCGCGCCUGGGGACAGCCCCAACACCGACGGCAUCCACAUGGGCGACUCCUCCAAGGUCACAAUCAUGGACACCAAGAUCGGCGUCGGCGACGACUGCAUCUCCAUCGGCCCCGGCAGCAAGGAGGUCAACAUCAGCGGCGUCACCUGCGGUCCAGGCCACGGCAUCAGCGUGGGCAGCCUCGGACGGUACAAGGACGAGAAGGACGUGACAGACGUCACCGUCAAGAACUGCGUGCUCAAGGGCUCCACCAACGGCCUCCGGAUCAAGUCGUACGAAGACGCCAAGUCGCCGGUCGUAGCGUCCAACUUCCACUACGAGAACGUUCAGAUGGACGACGUCGGCUACCCCAUCAUCAUCGACCAGAAGUACUGCCCCAACAAGAUCUGCACCUCCAAGGGAGACUCCGCCAGGGUCACCGUCAAGGACGUCACAUUCACCAACAUCACCGGCACCUCCUCCACCCCCGAGGCCGUCAGCCUGCUUUGCUCCGACAAGAAGCCGUGUGAAGGUGUCACCAUGAACGACGUCAAGAUUGAGUACACCGGCAAGAACAACAAGACCAUGGCUGUUUGCACCAACGCCAAGGUCACCGCUAAGGGUGUCGACAAGGCUAACAGCUGUGACGCGUGAGCUAGCCAUUCUUCCACACCGUCUGGCAUCCGACAUAAGCCAGUUUUGAAGAGAUAAUUAACCACCAGACCACGCGUGCAUCCUGGGGAUCGUUGCCACCAGGCACUCUCCUGCGUGGCAUGCAUGAUUUCUUUCUUCGUAUUUGUAAUCUACCACGUAAAUUAAUUUUCAUCUUUUUUAUUUUUGAUUUUUUACAACAAAGAGAGAAGAGACACAGACCGCUCCAGGAGAUCAUCUAUUAGUUUAAUUUCUUCCUGGGUUUGAUCAUUAUUCUUUUGUGAAGAAAAUUAAUGUAUGUGCCGGCUCAGAGCCAGCCAAAGGCAAGAAGCUUGAUUGAUUUUGA